GAUUCCUCUGACUUUAGGCUUUUCUCAAACCUUUCGUCUGUUUUGUAUCACCAUGAAAGAUUCUGGCGGGAACUCUACGCACGGGAACGCAAUGCCGGCUCAUAUGGGAGGAGAAAAGCAAACCGUCCGACAACAUUUAGGCGGCCUACUUCAGGGUCAGCCCUGUUCCCGAAAACGGAGCGCUGACGUCACUUGUGCCACACCAGAUUAUGAGGACCCAGUAAAAGUAUGGGAAGGAGUGAGAGAUGCCACCGUCCGUGCACAAGAUAUCGCAGGAAAUUCUGCCCUGCAGAAACUCACAGAAGAACAGACGGAUAUUUUAGAAAUGCGAGCCGCGCGAGAUCCUGCAGAACGGCAGGUGGGUCAAGACGCAAAAUCUGCGGCAGACGUGCUGGCACAACACCAAGAUAUCGCCGAGAGUCCAUUGCGCAUUCAUGUCAGAGCUCCUGCAAGCUGCGCUAACCUAGGAUCUGGCUUUGAUUGUCUUGGUUUGGCCGUCAAUAUCUGGAAUGAAUUGAUUAUCGAAGAAGCGGAGAAACAAGAAGUCAUCAUCCAUGGAGAGGGUGAAGGCGAGUUACCCAGGGACGAUUCCAACCUGGUUGUGUGUGGGUUUCAGGCAGUCUUGGCGCGCCUUAAGCUCACGCCGUCAAAGCUCCCGAAAUUUCGAUUUACGUGCCACAACCGCAUUCCUAUCGCACGUGGACUUGGCUCUUCCUGUGCAGCAAUUGUCUCCGGCAUUUUAGCGAGUACGGCUAUUGCCCCUUUUCUACAGAGGCGAUGUGCAGGUCAGGAAAUGCAUGAUCGAGAGUCGAGUGCUAAAGUCGGUGAGAGAGAUGUAGCUUUCUUUGCCAUGGAGGGCGAAUGGCUACAUCAAGCCGGCCUCGCCGUAGAAGUGUGUGACGAGAACUUCCUGCUCAAAACGGCGUGCGAUCUGGAAGGGCACGCCGACAAUGCUGCAGCGGCUCUCUUUGGAGGACUUCAGCUGGCCCUCAAAUACGUCCCUCGCGAUCCCAUGACGGUGCUCGCUACAAUUGAGAAAACCCACUACCCAACGCCUUUUGACAUAAAAAAAGCAAAAGAAGCGGCUGCGGCAGUCGCCGCAGCAGGCGGGGCUGUGUCUCCUCUUCCUGGUGAUGAGAAGUCACCAGUUCCUUCCCCACGUCCAGGGGCAAAACAUGGCGGAAAAGUGAUGAAACCUAAAACCGGUGAUGAUGCCUGGAUGGCUCGAGGAGUACCCAUCCCUGAUAAUCUUAAAUGUGUUUUGUUUGUUCCGGAUGAGGGAAUGGAAACUUCAAAGGCCCGUGAAGUGCUUCCCAAAACGGUUUCUCUUGCAGAUGCCGUUUUCAACUCCGCUCGCACGGCUUUGCUUGUGUACGCGAUGAACACGGCGGCGGCCGCAGCUGUUGUGGCUGAGGCUGGCGAAGGGGGCACACCUGCCAAAGCCGCCGAGGCAGUUGAGGAUGUCCUCUAUAGGCUGUUACAAGAUGCGAUGGACGAUCGGCUUCAUCAGCGAUUCCGGGCUAAACUGAACCCUCAUCUCGAACCUAUGAAGGAUGCCGCCCAGAGAGCUGGUGCCCUGGGAGUUUGUUUGAGCGGAGCGGGUCCCGCGGUCCUGGCCUUCGUGAUGGAACACCACUGCGGCGAAGUCGCAGAGGCAUUAAACACCGCAGCAGCGGAGUGUAAGAAAAAAGGCAAAGUGCUUGUUGUGGCUCCAGCAGCUGGCGGAGCACAUACAGUGCCCUUUGCACAAGAGCGCGAUGACGACGGUUGGUGAAGUGUCUGUUCGUCUCUCGCUCCGGUGGAAGCUCUCCGCGUAUGUGUGCGCCCACAACAGUGCGUGCAAGUAUCUUUCCGUGUGAAGUGUGUGUUCACCUGCAUGCUCAGCUUUACAUACACUUUUGACUUGUUAUACAUGACUAAACGUCGCGAUGCAUGCUUGAGUUCGAUGAAGGGCGAAAAUGACUUGCGUUUGUCUUCGAUCUUGCAGUUGACUGUACAGCUCCUGCUGUGCCCCCCGCUGUCGUGCGCCGAACUCGAGCGCCUAGUAGCCGAAUGGAAGAGUGUUAUCCUUUACUGUGAAAAACUUGCAAAUGCACCCCGGAGAGGAGAUCGCCUCAAUGCUUCAGUG